CUAAGGAAGUUCCUCCACAUUCUUCUAUUUUCUUACCUUUGUCUUCUAAAUAUUUUUUGGGUAAAGAAGAGUGUUUUGAGUUAGAGGCAUGAAUCGCCUUAAAGUUGAAAUAAAGAGCCCUAGCCGCCCAAGACUCAUCCCGUUGCUCUGCCUCCAACCUCUUUCAAACAGAAAAAUCAUAAAAUUUCCUUGGCUUAUCCCUAAAUCUACUCAAGUUUUGAAGAGAUUUUCGGAGAUUGAAAGUCAUCAACAAGAGGCGCAAAAGAAGAGUUCGAAAUUGAUUCAAAGUGGGGAGUUCUAAACUCAAAAGGUAUGAAUCUAGACUUGAAAAGGGGUAGAUGUGGGGAAAACUAAGAAACCCCAUUCCAAAUAGGAUUGGGUUGUUAUCUUAGGGAUUGGGAUUUGAGUAUUAGAAGCACAUUAGGAUUGGGUUUUACUUUUGUCUAUAAAAAGGAGGGGCUUUUGGCUUCUAAGGGAGGUUGAAAAUUGGGGGAAAAUUGGGGAAAUUUUGGGGGAAACAAAUCGGGAGAAGGGAAGAAAAUUGGUGAAGCCCGGAAGGAAUAUUGGAAAGAUCGAGAGUGAGAAAGGCAAAUCAGAAAGUUGUACUUGGAAUUCAAGAAGUAAAGUCUUGAUUUUUUCUAUUUUCUGCAGGUGUGCAUCAUUCUUAAUUUUCUUUUUGUCCUUCUGCGUUGCUUUCCUAUUGUAUUCUGUUCUUUCUCUUUUCCUUUUUGCCUUUGGUGAUUGCUUGAUUCCCCUUUUAAGCCAUUUUCUUCCAUGUUUGCUGAAAUUAAUUUUGAUCGAGAAAGAAAAAAAAGUUUAUAGAUCAGGUUAUAUUAAUUGUUGGGAAUAAUGGAGAAUCUUUUCG